CAACAAUUACCUCAAAAAUCAAACAACAAGAGGAAAGAAAAGAAGAUAUGGCAAAACCAACAACACCGUUAAUCUUUAUAGUGUUCUUUGUUUUCUUGGCAGUAUAUUCUAAGAGUGCAAGUGCAAGAAUCUUAGGUGAAAAUGCUGCUUCUGUGACUGACAGUAAAUCACUGUUUCAUGAAUUGGGUUAUGAUUGGUCAACAGUCAAUCUCAAGAAUAUGAGAAUUUUUAAAGGACCAAGUGGCCCAGAUUCUAUUCACCACGAUUCUCCAUCUGCACCUUUCAGGCUUUUGAGGGAGGUACCAUCUGGGCCUAAUCCACUCCAUAAUGAGUCGCCACCGAAGGCUCCAGUUUGAUUUUGUCUCUUUGUGGUUACGGAAUUUUUUUUAAUAAUUAUUGAAGAAUUAUAAAAUACUUUAUUUAGUAUUUAUUAGAACUCGCAUGUUAUGCGAGCUAUAUAAAAAAAUUUGAAAAUGCGCACC